AUGGCUUCGCAAGAUCUUGCCAAGAAGCAUCAAUUUGAGCACACGGAGGAUGUCAAUAAAAACAGCCUUGAUGCCGGGAGCCAGAUCGAUAAGAAGUUGCAAGAUGAGAUGCCUGAUUUUGACGACUCCAUCGAGGAGACAGCGCCAUCUAAAGCUGUCUGGCUCAUUACUUUCACCGUCGCCAUGGGUGGCUUCCUUUUCGGCUACGAAACGGGUGUCAUUUCAGCCGUCCUUGUCACCCUCGGCGACGACCUCGGACAUCCUUUGACCACGUCCGAGUCCGAACUCAUAACAUCUCUUACGUCAGGAGGUGCCCUCGUUGGUGCUGUCAUUGCAGGUUUAAUGGCCGACAAGUUUGGUCGAAAGGCUGGUAUCUACGUCGGUUGCGCUCUGUUCUUCGUUGGUUCCGUCAUCUGGGCAUCCGCCUUCAGCAUUGCCCAAAUGUCGGUUGCUCGUUUCACAGUAGGCCUGGGAGUGGGUUCUGCUGCCAUGAUUAUCCCUCUAUACAUCGGUGAACUUGCUCCGGCAAAACAUCGCGGCCGAAUGAUUGCCUUCGAUAACAUGAGCGUCACACUUGGACAACUGGUCUCCUACGCUCUUGGCGCCGCCUUUACAAAUGUGCCCAAUGGCUGGCGAUACAUGGUCGCAGUUGGCGGCGUGCCACCUAUUAUUCUCGCUAUUCUUCUUCCCUGGUGCCCCGAGUCCCCCCGACAGCUAUUUUCUCAUGGCAAUAUAGAGGAGGGAACAAAAGUGAUUGCUAGGGUGUACCCCAAUGCAACAGAAGCUCAAGUUAAAGCCAAGGUUGAUCGCAUUCUGUGGAAUAUUGAGGCUGAGGCUGAGAUUGUGGCGAACAAAUCGCUGCUGUGGCAGUUCAAGCAGCUGCAUUGUGUCCCCUCGAAUCUUCGCGCUCUUAUCUGUGCCUGCGCAGUUAUGGCUAUUUCCCAACUCGGCGGGUUCAAUACCCUGAUGUAUUACUCCGGGACGCUCUUCUCCCUCGUCGGAUUCGACAAGCCGACGGCUGUUUCUAUCGUUGUUGGCGGAACCAACUUCGUCUUCACAAUUCUAAAUAUGUUCAUCAUCGACAAGGUCGGCAGACGUAGAAUCCUCCUCGUCACGGUUCUGGGAAUGGCAAUUAGCAUGAUCGUUGCUGCGGUUGCUUUCCACUGGAUUCCCAUCUCUCGCGACCUCGUCCUUGAGGGCGCCUCUGUUAACUGGGCUGGUAUUUUGGUCCUGGUCACCAUCAUAUUCUAUGUCGCCUUCUUCGCCUCUGGUGUUGCAACAAUCGGCUGGGUCGGAACCGAAUUAUUGCCUCUUGAGGUUCGAGCUCUGGGAACCAUGAUGAACACCGUCACAUGCUGGGGAUGUAACAUCAUUAUUGCCUCUACCUUCUUGUCAAUGAUGAAGGGUAUGACGCCUAGCGGUGCUUUUGGGUUCUAUGCUGGGAUCUGUUUCUUUGGCUGGAUUUUUGUCAUCAUUUGCUAUCCUGAAGUGAAGGGUCUCCCUCUCGAGGAAGUUAGUCAAGUAUUCGAGCAUGGAUUUGGCGUCCGACGAGCAGCCCAGAUCCAAAAGGCAAGGAAGGCGGCCCAGACAGCUGCCUGA